CACAGUCAGUGGUCUGAGAAUUAUUUAUUUUGUUAAACAAUUUUGUGAGUCAUGGUUACGGGUUCCACCACUUAAGGUCGAGAGGGAUGAACCAGGACCAAGAAGUUCCAACUGCAGUUAGUGAAUUGAGUAGACUCGGGUGUCUGUUCGGUUCUCCCUUCUCUUCCACUUGCUACCAGCAAUAUCAGGAGCAUUACAAGUCCACUCCACCAACCGGCGUAUUCCCUACAGACUGGAGAGAGCCCUGGCAUCAAGAAGGUAAUAGCUGUGAAACCGACGAUAGCGAGCAGUAUGUGUCAGAUUCGGAUUUUCAGCAGCAGAAUAGCAAUCAGAUAAAACCGGAAAAUAACAUGUCGGAUCUGGUACAAAACRUGAACAAASCUCCCACAUAUCCUAGUUCGUAUUCAGGGAGCGAAAAUUUCGAAGGAGUGUACGCUCCUGCUUACCAACACAGCGGAUGUUUUUACUCUAAUCCCAUCUACAAUAGGUCCACAUCGCCGGUGGUUCCCAGAGGCAAUGAACACAUUCCCAGCAACUUGCAUGGCAUUUAAAUUACUCAGUUACCUUUAAAAAUUGCCCAAAAUUUUGUUUUUUCUUUUAUUUUAGGCAACUUUAGAACAUGUUACGACAAAUGUAAAAACACGCCUUCGAGUAAGAGUCACUGGAAGCAGCCGAUGGGACUAAUCACUCCAGAUAAAACUCUGGAUGAGAAAUCCCGCGAAUCUGGUGAUAAUCGAUCGACCAACUUCCAGAAUGCAAGUGGCAGAAGAGGGUCGUUGCAACUGUGGCAAUUUUUGGUGGCACUUUUAGACGCUCCUGACGCCAGUGCUGGAUGCAUAGCCUGGACAGGGCGAGGAAUGGAAUUCAAAUUAAUCGAACCGGAGGAGGUGGCUCGAAGAUGGGGUGCUCAGAAAAACCGCCCUGCAAUGAACUACGACAAACUUAGCCGAUCUCUGAGAUACUACUACGAAAAGGGAAUAAUGCAAAAAGUAGCAGGUGAAAGAUAUGUUUACAAAUUCGUUUGUGAUCCUGAUGCUUUGUUCAAUAUGGCUUAUGGUGGGCAUCAUGAAAAUUCAGUGAGAUCUCAAAUCGCAAACCGACCGGAAAAUCUUAGCACGAAAACUGAAACUCAUCAUUUGGCUUACACAGAUAUGCUCAAUUUCUAUAAUUGUGGAAUUGCCCAUCCCUACCAACAUCUCCAUCCUUAUUUACAAGAUUCUAAACAUUCGCGUUAUCCAUGAUUUGAUUGAUUUUGUCAAAAUUUCUCCAUCUUGA